AACAUAUUCUGUGAGUCAAACCAACUUUUUGUGGUUAUUUCAAGUGUCGAGAAGAUUAAACAAACUCCUGGUUUUCUUAUGAUUGAACUAAAAAAGGCACUUGUUUUCAUUGUUUAUAAUGAAUAAUGUUCAAGAAAGAAGUGCUUAUGAAUCAAGAAACAGAGAUGUUAAAGAUCAGGUAUUUGAACCUAAUUGGAAAAUGUCAGGUGGUGCACAAGAAGCCCUCAUACCAGUUCAAGGUCUAGAGUUGAAGAACACAAUUGAUGAGAUACACAAAAUUGAAACAUUUGAGAAUGUUGGAUGCAUUGAGAAAGAAAAUCGGUGUGAAUCUACUGAUGAUACUGAUUUCUCAAUGGGUUUACAAGACAAAUCUGAGCAGAAUGGGAAAAAGAAAACCCCAAUGUGUCUAGUCAAUGAGCUUGCUCGCCACCAUAAGAUACAGCCUCAGUAUCGUCUGACAGAGGAAUCAGGACCUGCACAUCAGAAAACAUUUGUUGUGAACCUGAAAUUGGGUGAGGAGCAGUAUAGUGCAACUGGACAAAGUAUUAAGAAAGCACAACAUGCUGCUGCUGAACUAGCCCUUAAGAAGACUGAUUACCAAGUUCCUGAACCUAAACCUAAAGUGAAAUGCAUGUCAAACUCUCAAUGUGACAAACCUAUUACCCCAACUGUGGAACUUAAUGCUUUGGCUAUGAAGCUAAAUUUUCAACCUGUAUACACAAAUCUGGCGCCUUUGUCUAUUAAAUCCAAGAUCCAAGAAGAUGGUGAGCAAUCACCCGUGUGUAAAGGUGACUUUCGAUUAAAUCAAGUGGAUCAAAACGAAAGAUUUUUAAACGCCGAUUUUCAGCGUCAACAUACUCACACGUCUCAGCGAUUUCCCUCAAGCUCAAAUCAGAGAUACUACUUUAAUCGUUACCAACAAGCACCAGUGACGCAUAGAGUUACUUUAGCAGUUGGUCAUGUUUUCGUUACUGGUGAAGGACUUCAACCUCAAGCAGCGCGGCACCACGCUGCACAACAGGCACUGGAGCAGUUACGGGGCCAAACGUUGAUUGACAAAGUGCAAUUGGAUGAGGCUGCAGUUAUUAGCGAAGCCAACACGGACUCGGAUUUAAAAUCUCCCGUCUCCUUAGUUCACGAAUUGGCACUAAAGUUAAAUUUAACUGUAGAAUUUACAGUUUUGAAUGAGAGUGGACCGCCCCACAUGAGAAAUUUCAUCGUGCAAUGCAAACUAGGGGAAGUUACUACUCAAGGAGAAGGAAACUGUAAAAAGGUGGCCAAAAGAAAAGCAGCAGAGAUCAUGAUCGAUGAAUUAAAGAAGGUCCACCCUAACGGAGUCUUGCGUCCUUUGGAAGGAAAUACCGUAAGCCCACCACGCAUCCGCGUCAAAAAUAAAUCAACCAUCGCCAGGAAAAAGCCACGCAAUUUAGUCAAGGAUGUUACAUCUGCAUCUAACGGUUGCCUUGGCACAAAACCUCAAGAUCCAAUAUCUCAACUAGUUCAACUGCAGCAGGCGAGGAAAGAAAAGGAACCAGUAUUUACUGUUUUGUCAGAAAGGGGAAUCCCCCGUCAGUCCCCCGAAUUUGUUGUAGAAGUUGCUGUUGGCUCAGUAACGGCAACAGGUGUUGGAACUAAAAAAAAAGACGCCAAACGCGCUGCUGCUCUCAAGGCGCUGGAUGCUCUUGGUGAUUCCAGCAAGUCAUCUGCUUCUAGCGAUACAUCAGUUGCUGUUGAGACGCUCUUACAGGAUGCGCCACUCUCCAACAGCAAUUGCACAGGUCGUCAAAUGGUUCCGGGUCUUCUUUUAUUAGGAGGCGGACAGAGUAGGAAAAUUGACUCUCCAUUCAUAACCGAUUCAUCGAAUGCCACUGGAAUUAAAGAAACUACUCAAUCGUCUCGUCCGCCCAAGACUUCUGGAGGGUUGCGCCCGGAAAUACGUCUAAGGUACUUGGCCCAAGUACUGGAAUACGAGGUCGAAUUUUCCGAUUUUCCAAAGGGCAAGAAAGGAGAUUUCGUUAGCCUUGUGACCUUGAAUACAAAUCCUCCGCAAGUGUCGCACGGACUGGGUGCCACUUUGGAAGAAGCCCAUGAUAACGCUGCUUCCAAUAUGAUGAAAUUGCUUUCUGAAGGGUCUCAAGAUGACACCGUUGGUCCCAACAAAGAAAACGCAGAUCAACGAAGCACAGGACCCCAAUAAUUUUGUUUUUCCUAUAAUGCCCUGUUUGAUAUGUUGAGAUUUGAAAUGAGAUUGUCUCAUAUCUAUUUAAUUUAGUUUUUGUGUCAUUUAACUUAAUAUUCAAGCACGAUAUCACGAUUUUUCUUUUGUUUUUCCUUUGUGGGUUUGCAGUCAAAACUAUUUUUCUUUGUAUUUCACUCUUUUUUUCCCCCUUCUACAUUGUACACGGUUCAGCUUUUUAUUUCAUU